UCUCGCGAUCGUCGCCGCGCCGCGCGCAGAAACGAGAUCCUCGUUAUCCAGGAGCGCGACCGAUCGCGACACCGACAUAACAACAGGCGACUGUUUGCUCAUCGAUCGACCUGGUAUCGUCCUGCGAAUCUCAAAGAGCACUCGCGGUUAUUGCAUUCCCGAGUCUCUCGCCAUUUCCGAGGGUUACCUCUGUCGUUAUUUGUCAGAGUAGCUAAAACGAUUCUCGUGUCGUCGAAGGGUUAACAACGGGAGCGAGAUUCGCAUCGGAAAAGAGAGAGAGAGAGAGAGAGAGAGAAAGAGAAAGAGAGAGACUAGGAGGAGAGUUAGCAUUGAGAAGUCGUUCUCGGACGAGGGAAGGCCUGCUUUCAGAGCGAGGGACACGUCGAGCCUAAACGAGUGAAGAAUUCGCCCUGCCGUGUGCGGGUACCGGUAGAUCAUCACAAUCGAGUGGACAAACCGCCGACAAACAAUAGGGACCUGCCCGGUGGCUUCCGAUGGGGUCGUAGUCGCCAUACACAGCGUGCGCGUAUUCGUGACAGUAUAUCGCGAUGAUAGACUAGCUGGUAGCGGCAGGAAGAGAUCGUCGUAGGCAGGGGGAGAUCGCCAUAGCUAAUCGUAUCACCCAAGGUGGCACAGAUUGAGAGCCCCAUCAGCAUACAUCCUCUCCUGGCUAACGAGAUACCCAGCGUCCAUCCAGUUUGCGCGCGCCGUUAAGCCGCUUUCGCGUCGACGACGUCGUGCGUCAGCUUCCUGAUCGGCCUGAACCGCGAUUCCACGAAUUCUAUAUCUGCGAACAUAUAAAUUACCGAGAAUUCCGUUUGUCAUUUAAGUGGGAGGAAGAGAGAAGCAGGAAGUCAGAGGAUCAGACUUGGGAUUGGCGCUAAUCGACGUUGGAGCAUUUAAUCCUUCAUCCCCGUCAUCCACGCGCGCGUCCUCGACCUCUUUUAUAUCUUCGUUCUCCAUCGCGUCUCGUCUCUCUCGGCUUAAAUCGCACCGCGAGCGUCACCACUUGGACGUGCCAUUUUAUUCACGAAAAAAAAAAACGGCGACGUGAGAGGGAUAGAGGGAGAAGAGAGACAGGCAAAUUCGCUCUUAGUGCCCCUCGACGAUCCAGCUCCGGCGAUUCUCUUCCCCAUCGGGACGUCCGCCGCUUCCGGCUAACUGGAAGUGAACGCUCUAUGUAAACGAUUGCUGAGCGCGGUUCUCAUUGAAACACACAGGACGCAGGAAGCUCAUCAUGGAAGUGGCAAGCGAGCUGUCGCCGCUAUCGGGGGCGGAGAAUCAGGGCAAGAUCAAGGAGAGGAGUUCGUACUAUCCCCAAGAACCCAGCAAGAGGCCGCAGACUACGGGGCAGAAGAUGCGAGCUUGUCUGGGCCAUAACGCUCUAACUAUAUUGACAGUUGGCGGCGUUGUCGGUGGAGUGAUACUCGGCAUCAUUUUGCGAAAUACACGUGAGAAAUGGACGCCUCGCGAGAUCAUGUACAUCAAUUACCUCGGCGACCUAUUCCUCCGGAUGCUCAAGAGCUUGAUCCUGCCGUUAAUCAUCUCGAGUCUGAUAUCGGCCAUUGGCUCUCUGGAUCUAUCGCUCAGUGGCAGGAUCGGUGCGCGUGCGAUUGGUUAUUACAUGAUCACGACGAUCUCUGCGGUCAUUUUAGGUAUAAUUCUGGUUGUCUCGAUUCAACCUGGUGUCGGUAGUUCCGCCUCGGAGAGCAAAAGGCCAGCGCAAAACGUUUCUACCGUCGACACGUUAAUGGACCUAGUCAGAAACAUGUUUCCGCCAAAUCUCGUGGAAGCCUGUAUCGCCCAAAGUCGAACUGAGCCUAAGCCACCUGAGAAUAUCAGUGUUCCUUUGGAGGAAUGGGAACUGGAGCAGAAGAUGGUCUCUGGUUCAAAUAUUCUUGGACUCGUUGUGUUUGCGACGGUGAUGGGCAUCACCCUCGGUAAAAUGGGACCGCAGGCGAAGCCAUUGUUGAGUUUCUUUGACUCGCUAUCCGGCGCUAUGAUGCUGAUUACAAACUGGGUCAUAUGGUUGUCGCCGAUCGGCGUGCUCUCUCUGGUCGCUUCAAAGAUCACGGAGAUGAAGUCGCUCGAGGAGGUAGUCGGCCAACUCGGAAUGUACUUCCUGACCGUAUUGAUCGCCCUGAUCAUACAUGGUUUCCUGGUGUUGCCUGGGAUAUAUUUUGUUCUCACAAAGAAAAACCCUUAUUCAUACAUAGCGAAUAUGGCGGAAGCGCUCGUCACUGCCUUCGGCACGUCUUCGAGCUCGGCGACGCUGCCACUUGCCAUCAGUUGUCUCGAAGACAAAAAUGGCAUCGAUUCUCGUGUCACCAGAUUCGUCAUGCCAAUUGGUGCUACCGUAAACAUGGACGGUACCGCUUUGUACGAAGCUGUAGCUGCCAUUUUUAUCUCUCAAGUGCGUAAGGUUCCUCUUUCCUUUGGACAGCUGGUAGCGGUAAGUAUCACGGCGACCGCUGCCAGUAUCGGCGCGGCUGGAAUUCCGCAGGCCGGCCUAGUGACCAUGGUGAUGGUGUUGGACACAGUACGACUUCCGGCCAACGAUGUCUUCUUAAUUAUCGCGGUUGACUGGUUACUAGAUCGAUGUAGAACAACCAUUAAUGUUAUCGGUGACUCGCUUGGCGCAGGAAUCGUUCAGCAUCUCAGCAGGAACGAGCUCGCGACAUUACCGCACAGCACGCAGCAAACGCAAAACGGAGCCGAUUGUCACGCGACUACGUCGAUAUGAGCUGGGGUGUUUAGUAAUCGUUAAACCGCAUCUCUUUAAGAGCUUUGUGAUCGAAAGACCGAUCACCUACGGCAAACAUAUCGGCACACUUAUUGCGCGGCUUAUCGUUGAAAUAUUGCCAUAUAACUUCUUGGACUUGCGAGAGUCCGAGAAUUGAAGAAAAGAAUAUAUAUACAAGAAAAUAAAUUAAAUUUAAGGAUUAGGAUUAAGAGUAUGAAUAAAUAUGGACGACAACAUGAUAUUACUUGUUAUAGCCGUGUCAUGUCUGAGAUUUCUAAUUUUUGAGUUUUUAUACAUAAGUUAUCAUAAAAUUUUGAGGAAUAUUAUACGCCGUUGACGGGUAUCUACAUUUUUAAUCGUACAAUAUGGCAACGAUCGCGAGACGCGAUCCUGACGAAGUGUUCUUGCGUACUCAGAGUAAGUGUUCUGUUUUUAUCUUAGCCAAAUAAUCAGUUUAGUUAUUAAUUAUCCUACACGAACCAGACUACGAAGGGAGCAAUCGACACUGUAUCAUCAUAUCCUAAUACCAUAUCUGCGAUAUAAACGCACGCGGAAUGCGAGGAGCGCGUGAAUAUUUUCCUUCAGUUAUCUGUAUGCGAGUACUGUAAAAGAAAAGAGGAUUAUUUUGGUAGUCACUUACUUGACAUCCAUUCCGCGACACAAAAUAUAAAUGUACGUAACUAUAGGACAUUGAAAUAUUGGUUAUUAAUGUGUAGCUCUCGGUACGAGCGAUGUUCUUUAGAUGAUUUUCGAAUAUAAGAUAUAUGCUUGAAACUAAAUAACUUCUUAACUUUAGUCAUCGUAGGCCCCAUUAAGCGAAUUUGCUUGUAAAAUUUAUAAGUAUAUAGAACAUAUAUAUAUAUAUUACAUAUUCUUGUCUUCCAUUUUUGCGUUUUACAAGAAUUACGCUUAUAUGAUAUUGUAACGUUACAUUUCGUUUUAGCCGCAUAAUUUGCAUAGUCCGGUUUUCCUUUGCGAGUUAUCUCUACGUUUCUUCAGAAGAUUGCAUUUAUAAGUUUGCGGAACUCGUAAAAGAUUCACGAAAAACAAAAUGUAUUUUGAGAAAUUGACUUUAUUAUGAUUUUACGAUAAAGAGUCUCAAAGUGUUUACUGUUAUUUUUUUUUGUAUGACAAUAGAAGCGAGGAUUACAUGUGUAAUUUUUGCUCGCGCAUAUUAUUCCGCGGCGAUACAUGUUAGAAAAUAAUUAAUAUAUAUAUAUCGUCAUGUAGUUCGUGCCAUAGAUUAUUGCCAUCAUCUUUCGAGGGUAGCUUUUACACCUACUUGAUAUCCAGUGAAUAAAAGCAGACUUAAUAAGUUCGAUGCCAUUAGCAACAA